UCUAUACCAUAUGAUAACUUUGGCCGAUCUGGCAACGCCUAAAAAACAUUUUAUUACGUCGCAUUGUUACAAAUUUUAAACAAAUUCGAACAUUUUCGGUUGUAAAAUCGGUAAAAUCGCUUGGAAAACAUACUAUAUAAUGUCGAUACCAGAUAGAUGGCUGCAGUACAAACCGAUUGGAGAACGUAUUCCCGGUACUCGCUUUAUUGCAUUCAAGGUGCCGCUUGCUCAGCAUGUCAACGCCAGAGUGGCGGAGAAUCUCCGCCUGGCGCCCGAAUCCCUGCUGGAAUCUGUCCCCAAUCUUGGUCUUAUAAUCGAUCUCACCAACACAAACAAAUACUAUAAACCAAGUGAUCUAACUAACCAUAAUGUACGUCACCAGAAGCUGAUGAUACCUGGAAAAAGUACGCCUGCACCUAAACUCGCUGAAAAAUUCUGUCGUUUUGUGGCUGACUUCCUUGAAAGCAAUGCGGAUAAUGACAAAUUAAUAGGAGUCCACUGCACGCACGGAGUAAAUCGAACUGGAUACAUGAUCUGUUUCUUCAUGAUCUCCGUAAUGAAGAGCUCUCCCGAGGAGGCGAUAAAUACCUUUUCAGCGGCACGUGGACAUAAAAUCGAGCGCAACAAUUACUUAAUAUCCCUGAAGAAUCUCUCCCCGCGUCAUGAGACUAAAAAGGAACGUUCUCUUUCAAAUGACUUAAGUGUAAAGAACACAGGAUAUGGAUCUAGUAGCAGGCACCAAUCUAGAAACGAAUAUCAAGAUUGGCGGCAGUUAGCUUAUGAUCACCAAAGGAGUCAAGGCUAUCAACAAAAAACCGACUUUAGGGACCAAAAUUAUCGAAGCUCUUACAAAAUUAAGGGACAUUCAAGUAACUACUUUCCGGAGCGCUACCAAUCAAGAGACCACAUCUGGAAAUAUCAGAACAAUCGAGGCUUUCACGAAAGCAACCUGCAUGGCAGCUCUGAUAGGGAUUCUCGAAAAUACUCUAGAGAAGACUAUAAUUCUUAUAAUCAUAAUCACCAUUAUUCUCGCAACUAUGGACAGGAACGUGAACAUCGUCAGGACAGAUUUCAAAGCAACAGAACAACCGGCAGCUAUCAUCCAUAUUCCAGAGGCUAUCAACAGACUUAUUAUCAAAAAGACUAUCAAAGAGACGAUUCAAGAAGAAGCAACAACAGUCGUCAUUACAACGAUGAGUACUAGGUUGCAUAAAUUUAGUUCAAAUUUGUUGUACUUUGUAGAAAGCCCUAGUUUUUAAUAAAUUUCCAAUGCCGUGGUAA